UUUUUGAAUUUUACGGAUUUUCCUUCCUCUCUCCCCGUGCAAAAGCCAACUGCGAAUUGCGUCGCAUCAAAGCAGUUAUUUCCCGCACCGCGAUUCCACGGUUGACAUAAUUGUUAUCAUAACUUUAAUUUUCAAAAAUAUGGUUCAAGUUGUGAAUUCAUUUCAACAACUACAAUUUAACACUUGUUCUUUCUUCGGAAUCACUCCAAAACCAUUCAUUUCCUUUCAACCACAAACUACUAGUUUAAGUAAGAAAUCAUUAGUUAUCAAAGCUAGGGCAAAUGCUAGAAAAGAAAGCCCUAAAAUUCGAAACAGAAAGAUGCAAAAAAAGUUUAACGGAACAGCAACACAACCAAGACUUUCAGUAUUUUGCUCUGAUAAGCAAUUGUAUGCAAUGCUUGUAGAUGACAAAAAUAAGAAGUGUUUAUUCUAUGGAAGCACACUGCAGAAAUCAUUCCGAGACAAUCCUCCCUGUAGCACUGUUGAAGCUGCUCAACGUGUUGGGGAGGCGCUUGUCAAAGCCUGUGUUGAUCUCAACAUAAAUGAAAUAUCAUCCUAUGAUCGCAAUGGCUUUGGUCGUGGAGAAAGGCUAAACGCCUUUGAGAUUGCCAUUUCCAAUUUUGGAUUUUUGCCUAGAUAGUGUGCAGGACAAACCAACUAUUGAAGAAUCUUGUAAGUCUAAAGUUUGUACUAGCAGAAGAAGACAACUUUGCUGUAAUAGUCAUUUGAUAAAACUCCCAAAUUUGGAGUAUAGGUGAAGUGAUUGAAUGAAGAAAUGUAUGGAGCUACCUAAUUGAAGAUGCAAAGCCAGAUGUUGACUCAAGAGGUCUAAGACAGACACAAAACUAGCACCAUGAAUAAUCUGUUUAACGCAUGGGCAAUGGACAAAUACAAGAUCCAAUGGAUAUUAUACCAUGAUUCAAGGAAUCAUUCAGGAAUCCCUAACAGUAGCAAUACUUGUUGACAAAAGGAAAACUCCAAGAGAAUUUACAUGAAGAGUAUUUGAUUUGAUGUGUGUGAAUUCCGUCUCCGUCUACGCAAACAACCAGAAAUGUUUCCAAAAAAAGUAGGCAUACGAUGUACAUAAAAAGGUUUGCGCUCCUCUAUCCCUAAAAAUAGGAUUCCGUAGCCAACCAACGGCCAUUCCAUCUCCACUGUCCAUUGAGCCGACUCUAAACAAUUGCUCCCCUGCUGGAUUACUGCGAUGUAAUCUUAAAAAGCUGAUUUUUCAAGAAUUUUAGACAUAGCUUCAGAUAAACUUUGAUUUUCGACUAGCCCAGCAUGAGAAACAAGAAAUUAUGAAUAUUAUUUUUUCUUUAAAAUAGAAGCACUAGUACUGUUAUAUACAUUGAUCUUUACAAUUGAUAUUCAACAAAAAUAGAACUAAAAUCAUGUUCUAAAUGA